AGAUUCCCUCUACAGAUUAUCGUGAUUCUUUGGAGGUUUUUGUAUUCUCGUCUUCUUUAUUUUUCUACAUCCUCCCGGACGGAGACCCGACUCACCUGCAGUAGAUCCAUGAUUAGCUGUAGAUCAUUGUUUGUAAUAAAGUUCCAAGAUGAAAUUGAAACAUCCGAUUUAUAGUGUAGAAGUAACCGUAGAAAGUUAGAAAGCUUUCCUUUGUUGGAAAAAGCCGUGCUAAUUAGGCUGACUCAGAUCUCAUGACUCCCAUUUGCAAUCCAAAUAAAAAGUAACAAAAAAUAUCAACCGUUAGAACAGUUUAACCCUACAACUACGAGUACAAUGGCGUCGGUCCUUUUCGUUGGUGGCGCUGGCGACAAUGCCCAGUUUCUGUCGCCUCCAUCGGGCUUGGCGGCAGGUACGAAGCAAAAGAGCCUGGCGCACCGCUUUUGUAAGUUCAUGCUGCAAUUGAUAAACCGAGAUUUGGACUACCUAUUCGAGGAGUUUUUGCCAGUCUUCGCGAACCAGAACGAGCAUGAGCUCGCAAGCGGGCAGGGCGAGACGCUGGAGCAGUAUGCCUGCUUCCAGAAGUAUGUGGCGAUCAUUGAGAAGAAACUCGAAAUAUUCGCUUUGAACGAAGGCUAUGUGACCACGAUUGACGGGCGGCCCGUGCAUGGGGAGGGCGGCGACGUUGAGCGGUUGCUCUUAGAUCUCCAGCAGGCGAUGGAAGUAGAUCGGAAGCAGACCGAAGUCGAUUUCGAGCAGUUUUUGUCGGAUUACCGAUCUCAGGUGCUGAUGGAGUUCGGCUACGCCAAUACCGAUUGUGGAGAUGUGCCGGACUGUUCCUCGAACGAGCUGGACAAGGAAGUUCAGCAAAUGCGCAUGCUUUUCAAGCCCACGAGUGUGGAAGAUCUGUUCAAUGCGGUCCUGAACAUGACAGAGUACGCGUUCUUCUCGAAUCUGAUGCGAGAGCGCGUGCGACAGAAGCGGAUGGAGGAACGCGCGAGCAUGGCUUUAAAAAAAAUCGAGCAACGGCGAAAAAACAUGCUCGAAGGGGAAUUUGGGCUGGCGUUUCGCUUUAUCGAGUUUGCGGUCGAGCUGUUGCAGGAUAAAAUGGACGUGCACUACGCGAAAUGGAUACCACUGUUCGACCCUGAUAGCCUCGGAGGCUCUGGGGCUCUGAACGGGGGACCGACCAUGCACGGAGAGAGUUCUCACGCGCAGUUUUCCGCAUUUAAGGAGUAUGAGCGGUUGAUUGAGACGGAGAUGCGGGUGUUUCUUGUGCGCGAAGGUUUUGCUGAGGACGAUGCUGGGGCAGCGGCGCUGCUUGCGGCUCUGGAAGCUCUGGUGGAGCAAGACAGUAAAGAGGUGCUAAAUCAGCGCUUAUUGCAGGAGCAAAAGCAGUACGAGAGGGGCGCGAGAAAGCGGGAGAGGCAGGCGCGCGGAACGGAUGGCAAUAGCAGUAGCGACGGAGAGCAGGAACGAACCCCUUGGAGGCAAUUCCACCAGCUUCGCGAGCUCAUCGCGCAAGUUCUAGAGAGCACAGAAUUUUCCGCUUUUGCCGACCUCAUGCUCGCCAAGGUCCAGGAGGACAAGCUGCUCAAUAUGCUCUUUGGUGAUGGGAUCAGUUUAUCAGAGGAUAUGACCACGUCACCUCCGAUGAGUGGAGGACAGGGAGGAGGAGAGGCCGCGUCGACCCUUACGAAUACCAUAGACAGCACUCCAGCAAGUAUGGCGCUUCUUGUCCCCGAAGGUUGUGGAGGCGGAUCGACGGUGAACUUCGCCACCCCAGACGGGCAAAAUUUGAGCACUGUCGUGCCUGACGGUCUUGUACCCGGACAGGCCUUCGAAGUAUCCUACACGCCGGUGAGUGUAGACGGUCAGUUACCUCCCGAAGUAGGAGGAAGCGCAGACGGACACGAACAAGUUGGACUUGGCGGUACUUCUGGGCCCACGAUGAAAGAACUUGCGGUGCAAGUACCCGAAGGUUGCGCAGGUGGUUCAGAAGUGUUUGUCACCACACCAGAAGGCCAACAAAUUCAAGUCAUUGUGCCGGAGGGCCUGUCGCAAAGGAUGACAUUCAAUGUUACAUAUUACAGCUAG